CUGGCACUGAUGUCCCGGGCCCUUGGGGCCGGAUGGAGGAGGGGAGCUUGUUGCAGAUACGGUGACACCCUACAGUUGCUAGAGAAAAGGACGCGUUAGCAAGAACACGCCAUUCUGUAACUCACUGGACGCCGGAUCUAUUGGCACCAUUUCCACGGGCAUGUUUUGCGUUAACCUGAUAGCUCCCGAGGGUCCGGAGUUGACGGCAGGACCUCCUUUCACUCAUUAUCAAGUUCAUCGUCAGCCUUCAAUUGGUCGUUCCACUUAAAUGCAAGCAAUGGAAUUAUCACCCCCACCUACUUGAACCAAUGUUUUUUUUAUUUUUACAUAAAACUGUAUAUAUACCGUGUCCGAGCUGGCGAGUUGGUCGGAGCUUUGUAAGAUGUUGCCAGUGGUUGCUGCAAUCUGCCUUUGGUUCGGUGCACGAGUGUUCGUGCAGGGAACACUCUGCGAACCCAUUAGGAUCCCGAUGUGCAAGGCAAUGCCCUGGAAUAUCACGAGAAUGCCCAACCAUCUCCAUCACAGCACUCAGGAGAAUGCUAUUCUGGCUAUAGAGCAAUACGAGGAAUUAGUGGACACCAGCUGCAGUCCAGUGCUGCGCUUCUUUCUCUGUGCAAUGUAUGCACCCAUCUGCACUUUUGAAUUCCUUCACGAUCCCAUCAAGCCAUGUAAAUCUGUUUGCCAGAGUGCAAGAAAUGGUUGCGAGCCUAUUUUGAAAAGAUACAACCACAGCUGGCCUGAGAGCCUGGGAUGCAAUGACUUGCCCGUGUACGACCGAGGGGUCUGCAUCGCUCCCGAAGCGAUUGUCACCGAUUUACCCGAAGAUACAAAGUGGAUGGAAUUCACCGGAGACAUGGUUGUCCGGAAAGCUUCUGAUUGUAAGAGCUGGAAUUCAAAUCGGUGUAAAUGUAGAAAAAUUAAACCAACACUAAAAACAUACUUGGGCAAGAAUUAUAACUAUGUUAUUCGGGCCAAAGUAAAAGAAGUGAGCAGAAGUGGCUGUAAUGCAAUCACUACAGUAGUGGAGGUGAUAGAGACUUUCAAAUCAUUGACACCUAUCCUGCAACCUUACGUAACCCUCCUCACCAAUUCUUCAUGCUCAUGUCCUCAGCUACCACCCAACCAGGACUCACUUAUCAUGUGCUACGUUCUGCGCUCAAGACUGAUGCUCUUUAAUGGCUGUUUGGUUGAAAAAUGGAGAAAUCAAUGGGUUAAACGGUUCAAGCACUGGGAACAAAGAUUAAAUCAACAAAAGCGGAUGCGUGUUAUUCAAGAAAGGAACCAAAAUGUGGGACGCAGUGAGCAGAGUGGUGGUCCAAAGCUCUCAAAGAACCUAAACCAAGUUCCUGGCAACCCUGGAAAAACAAACAAAAAUAAAAGCAAGAAGGAAGCCAAGAAACUAUGAAUUGGAAAGUUUAUGCAAGUACAACUAACUUGCAUUCUGAAUAUCAUAUUUUGGCUUCAGAAGCAUGCAGUAAGCUACAGAUCACUUCAAUCCAAAUAAGCCCAGCAGUAAUUGCAAAGCUGCAUUUCCGAAUGUCUAUAUAGCAUCAUCAAAAGUUGGUCCUUAAUAAUGCAGGCAUUGCUAACCAUAGUCAUUGGUUUGCUCAACAAUGAAAGCCCUCGUAUUUCUAAUUUGUCAUGUUCCAAAGCAGGGAAAUAUGUCUUUGAAACAUUUCCAUCCAUCUCAUGCUCUUAUGAGCUUGGCCACCCUGCUACUGACUGACUGUUUGCUGUACCGUUUGUUGACAAUGUGCCCUUUGCAAGUUUAUCCCUGUAUCUGAAUUAUUUCUUCCUAUAGCAUACAAAUAUUGCAUUACUUAUUUAAAAUAUUAUUCUUCCAAUGUGUUAGUUUAAUAUAAAGAACUGGUAGAUUAUCAGUAAAUGAAAAUUAUUAAAAAAAACUGCAGAUGCUGGAAAUCUGAAAUAAAAACAGAAAAUUCUGGAAAAACUCAGCAGGUCAGGCAGCAUUUGUGAAAAGAGAAACAGUUAACCUUUCAGGUUGGAGACUAUUCAUCAAACUGAUUUGAUAGAUUAUUAAUUUAGAUUCCAUCUUUUUUUAAAAUUGGAAUUAGAUUUUCAAAGUUUUAGAAAAUUUAGACCAUUUUUUAUUUUUGCAAGAUAGCACUUUAAUGAACACUAAUUACACAAGAUUCAUGGAAAUUGUAUAAAAUAAUUAUAUUGGUAUCUCAAGCAAAGUUAAUGAGAUACAAGUUAAAAUGAAACUUUUUUUGAAUUCAAAAGUCUAAGGUGAAAAUUAUAAGUACCAAAGAAGCAGAAGCAUUGGUUGUGAUAGUUUUUCUGUCAAUGUGAUGAUUUCCUCAGUGGAAAUGCUGAAACAGAUGCUGGAACAGGUUCCCUCUUGCAAUCAGUGAUGGAACCAUGAAUCGUAAUGAUGUUCAUAUAUAGAUGGCUGACGUUUUUGUAUUAGAAGAUUGAGUUUUUCUGCCCCACAUAAGGGCAGCAUUCCUUCAUCUUUUAAAUUCCUAGAACUCAACAUUCCUCUGUAUAAAAAAUAUGAAAUAAACCUUAAU